CCCAGUCCCAGUUUUACUACGAUGAAUCGCGCGAUCGACGACAUGCAGCACCAGGGGGGCCUGGUCGAGUUCCCCACGCGCAAGCCGCUGGCCAACCUGCUUCUUGGCGGCAUCGCGCUCUUCGCCAUCAGCUUUGUAGCCACUUGGUACCGCGUGUGGUGGGACAGUAUCAUUGGUCUCGUGGUCACCAUCUUGGGCUAUUACUCGAUUCGCAAUGAAAACCUCGUGCCCAUGGGCCUGUCGUUCGACAUGGCGUACUUUGGCAGCAUCCUGAGCUUUCUUCUGCACGGCGUGGCCUUUGGAAUCAUUGCCGGCGAGCUCUCCGUGAAACACGUCCUCACCAUCGUCAAGCUGGACAACCCUCCCCCGCCUGGCCUCUUGAUCUUCGUGCUCGUGGUGGAAUUGAUCUUGCUCGGAUACAGCGGUGUGGUCAUGUCGUGGUAUUACAAGUUCCGCGCUGAAAUCAAGCACACCGAGGCCAAGGCCGACCAAGACUACCGGGAACUCAUCUAGUAGUAGUCUAGCAGUAACUGGAGUUCCAAACGUAAAUAUAUUCAUCAUAGUGAGCUUACUA